CGGGUUGGGCAAAACCUAACAAGAAAAGGGCAUAAAAAACAAGAAAAUAUCUGAUCAACCCGACCCACUUUAACCUCUUUGUUGGCCGCGCUACAUGUUCGCACGCGGCCAUCUCACAAAGAACAUAUAUUAAAAACACACAACAUCAUUCAUAAGCUUAAUAAAGCUUUGAUAGUAAUAAAACCAAGAAAGAAGAACCCUAAGUUGCAUUCACAAGCCACAUCUUCAUAACACAUCAAGUGGUAUAAAUAUAAAAAAUGGUGAGAAGAAGAGACAACCUUACGUUAUCAGUCUUAACACCGCCCCUCGGCGAGGCCAAAACGGCGGCAACAACUCCUGUGGCCUCACAGAAACCGAAAAAACGGUUAUCGAAACAACUAUCUAUGUUGGAGACACCAAGAGACAUUGCUUGGGAAAGAAGAAGACGUCAGAUGAUAAUGAUUCAAGAGAAGAAGAUGCUUCAUAAAGGAGUUUCAGACAAUCUUAGUGAACAGACAAAACUAACUGAUGAGGAUUUAAACGAGCUUAAAGGAUCUAUUGAGUUAGGUUUUGGUUUCAAUGAAGAAGCUGGACAAAAGCUUUGCAAUACACUGCCAGCUCUUGAUCUUUACUUUGCAGUGAACCGUCAGCUCUCUCCUCUCCCUUCACCUAGCAGCAGCAGCCGUACCAGCAGCGCAUCGUCAUCAGCUUUCUCGAUGAGUAUACCUGGUAGUCCCAAGAAAACUGAUUCAGAUUCAUUGAAGAUAGUAUGUCCAGGGGACAAUCCUCAACAAGUGAAGCAGAGACUGAGACAUUGGGCACAAGCAGUUGCAUGCUCUGUGAUGCAGACUUAUUGAUAAAAGCUUCAAUCAUUCAGAUUUUCUGUUGAGAGAUAGGAAGUUCAAGAAUCCUUUAAUCAAGAUUCUGAAGAAACAAGAAAAGCAUAAAAAAGAUAGAGAAAGAAGAUUUAUGGUUGUGUAUAUAUACUUUGUGCAAAGGGAACAAAAGAUGAGAAAAAAAACAAAGUCUUUCUUGUUCAUAAACUGUAUACCAAAAAAAAAAAGAUUUCGAUAUUGG